CGGGCCUGAGAACAGGAAGUGCUUGUCUAACAUACUGAGCUAACCAGCUAUAUUUAGUCAGGUAGGUUAGCUGGGCAUUUAACUCUGUACUCAUAAUGGGACUGUUCGGCAGAACACCGGAGAAACCACCAAAAGACCUGAUCAAUGAAUGGUCUCAGAAAAUCAGAAAGGAAAUGAGAGUGAUUGACAGACAAAUUCGAGAUAUUCAAAGGGAACAAGAAAAAGUGAAAAGAUCCAUCAAAGAUGCUGCCAAAAAGGGCCAGAAGGACGUGUGUGUGGUGCUCGCAAAGGAGAUGAUUCAGUCAAAACGAGCCAUCACAAAGCUUUAUGCUUCCAAAGCCCACAUGAACUCUGUGCUACUCAGCAUGAAGAAUCAGCUUGCUGUACUGCGUGUUGCUGGGGCCCUGCAGAGGAGCACAGAGGUCAUGAAAGCCAUGCAGAGUCUUGUCAAAGUCCCAGAGAUCCAGGCCACCAUGAGGGAACUAUCAAAAGAGAUGAUGAAGGCCGGCAUCAUUGAGGAAAUGCUUGAGGACACAUUUGAGAGCAUGGAGGAUGGAGAGGAGAUGGAGGAAGCAGCAGAGGAGGAAGUUGACAAGAUCCUCUUUGAGAUCACUGCAGGUGCCCUUGGCAAAGCGCCGAGCAAGGUCAUAGAUGCCCUGCCUGAAAUGGAGCCUGCUGGAGCCACUGCAGCUUCAGAGGAUGAAUCAGAGGAGGACAUUGAAGCGAUGCAGUCAAGAUUGGCAGCUCUGAGGAGCUAAGGUGAACUGCUACUGUCAUGUUAAAGUCAGUUUGCUCACUCCAUAAAGGACAGAAAGAAUUCUGGUGCAGGGUUUACAGUGCUGAGCAUCCUCUGUGCUUCAUAUUAUAAUUAUUAUUUCACAUAAUCAGUUUGGGUUAACUUUGUGCUAUAAUAGUUAAUGUCUUUAAAAAACAGUCUUUUUUUAUUGAGCAUUUGGUCUACUCAGCCAGAAGAAAAGGUGUUUUUGCUUUUUGUCUUUUAUUAUCAGGGGGUAACCCUUGGUAAGUCCUUAUUAUCCAAAGUCAAGCUGAAGGUUUAAGAAAGUGUAUAUAAUGUAAGUAUGAAAAGCCUGCUGUGCCUACAGUGCUUCAUCAUAUUCAUCUCCUGUCCUAAGUUAUGGACUCGUGGUGGAGGUACUUGGGUAUUUAUGAUCCAAACAAGUGAUUAAAUAACUGUCGAUGGAGGCCACCCAGCACAUAAAUCACUCCCUAGAUUCCUGUUCAGCAGUAGUAAUAAUACAUUUUGUAAGCAACAGCUGUUCUGUUUUACUAGUGAUUAGCCUUUAUUAUCUGAAACACUAGAGGUGGUGGGUGGAUUUCUCUUUUGAUAGUCAAUUUUCUGUACAGUCAAAAUGUGUCAAUUCUAUAUGUGGUCAAACACGUGAAAUACACUCAGCAGGAAAAUGCACGCACACUCCCCUAACCUAUUCUUUGCAUUAACAUUCUGCUUGUUCAGUGUUUGACUUUGUGUCACGAUUGAGUUUCCUCUCAGCGGGAAGAUGCAGAAGGCAAUGGAAAAGUUGGUUAGUGCAGAGCUUAUGUAUCGUGAAAGUACAUUGUGUGUAUAAUUUUUCUAUGUGAAUGGGGGGAAAACAUAAGGAAAUAAACUUUUAAGAACAGAA